AUGUACAUUGAGAAAAGGAGCAACGUGACAGAGUUUGUACUUCUGGGACUUUCACAAAACCCAAAGAUGCAGAAAAGUAUAUUUGCUGUGUUUUUGCUCAUCUACAUCAUCACUUUGUUAGGAAAAUUGCUCAUUGUGGUUGCCAUCAUUGCCAGCUUAUUGUUUGGCUCCCCCAUGUACAUUUUCCUGGUCUAUCUCUCCUUUAUUGAUGCCUGCUAUUCUUCUGUCAAUACUCCUAAACUGAUCGUGGAUUCACUCCAUGAAAUGAAGACCAUCCUAUUCCAUAGAUGUAUGGCCCAAGUCUUUGGGGAACAUUUCUUUGGAGGUGUUGAGGUCAUCCUGCUGACAGUGAUGACCUAUGACCGCUAUGUGGCCAUCUGCAAGCCCUUGCACUAUGCAACCAUCAUGAAUUGGAGAGUAUGCAUGCUAUUAGUGGGAGUGUCCUGGAUGGGAGGCUUUCUCCAUGCCACCAUCCAGCUCCUCUUCAUUUUCUCACUACCCUUCUGUGGCCCUAAUGUCAUAGAUCAUUUUAUGUGUGACCUGAGCCCUUUGCUCAAUCUGGCCUGCACUGAUACCCACAUUCUGGGGCUCUUUGUCAUUGCCAAUAAUGGGUUCAUCUGUCUGCUAAUCUUCCUCCUCCUGCUGGUGUCCCAUGUGGUAAUCCUGUUCUCCCUGAGGACACAGAGCAUGGAGGGUCACUCUGAAGAUGAGAUUGCUUCUGAACACCUUCCAGCAUCAUUAAAAUCCUCUAAGACUACUAAGAUAGAUGAUAUAGAUGUGUGCUUUGCUAGAAAACUUAGCCCAGGAAAGAAGACUUGCAAAUGGAAAGGCCAGGAUUCUAAUCAGGUUUUCCCUGAUAUUCAUGCCAAUAUCCUCAAACACUGUGACAAAUUUGGAUUUUCCAACAGGGUAAUGUAA